AUGACCCUAUGGUUCCUUCUAAGUUCUGAUGUCUAUUACUCGACACUUAAACUUUCCUUUGGAAACUGUUUUGAUGAAGACUGUGAUCAGCUGACAAGAAUAAAGGACAAUCCAACAAUGCUCGUGUUAAUCUUAUAUUUCUUAUACACCCUGAACUGCAGGCGUUUUAGAUCAUCCACCAUUUUCAAUUGCUUUGGCAUGACCCUAUGGUUCCUUCUAAGUUCUGAUGUCUAUUACUCGACACUUAAACUUUCCUUUGGAAACUGUUUUGAAGUUGAUAUCCUGCAUAGACCUAGUGUGGAUAAUAGCUUAUAUAGCCCCGUUUUAGUCUUUGUAACCCCAGUGAGUGCCCUAUAUAUCCCAGAACAGGUAAUUAACCUGCAUGCUCAUGCGUGGUGCGCUAUCUUGGACGACCAAGUGGGCGGCCACCAGCAGCACCAGCAUAAUUCCCUGCCGCCCUUCGUGGACAUCCUCCCCCCGGGCCCGUUCUUCGACGUCGAGAGGUCAGGAAACGUGACGGCGCUCGUAGGUCGGCCGGCGAAGCUCAACUGUCGCGUCAACAAGAUCGGGAACAGGACGGUAUCCUGGCUCCGUCACCGCGACACUCACCUGCUGACGGUGGGUCGCUACACCUACACCUCAGACCAGCGGUUCCGGGCAGUCCACACCCCGGGGUCAGAGGACUGGGCACUCACCGUCGAUUUUGCCCAAAGCCGCGACUCGGGCAUGUACGAGUGCCAAGUGUCAACCACGCCCCCGAUGAGGCACUACAUUUGGCUCAAAGUUGUGGAACCAGAGACGCACAUCUUUGGUGGUCCAGACAUCUUUAUAAAUAACGGGAGUAACAUCAACCUAACAUGUGUGGUUGAAUACACACCCGAACCACCUACGUUUAUCAUAUGGAAACACAACGACAAGGUCAUAACAUACGACAGCGACAGAGGCGGCGUGAGCGUGGUAACCGAGAAGGGCCCACGCACCACCACCAACCUUCUGGUCCGCGGGGCAUCGGCAAAGGACUCGGGUACUUAUACGUGUAACCCCAGCAGCGCUCCCUUAGCCAAAGUUAUCGUCCAUAUCUUAAAUGAGCACCCAGCGGCAAUGCAGCACGGAGGCCAUUCCCCAUAUGAAGUCUCGGCUUUUCUCUUGACCUUCGCAUUUGCUUUCGUUGUGGUCGUGUUUAGUGGAAAAAUUCAAGAAUUAAUAGAUGAACUCGUGGUUCUAUUAAAUGUUUGGUGGUGGCGUUCAAUUGUUAUGGGAAAUUCAGGAAGAAAAUUCAAGGAUUGA